AUGGCACAAACACCAGCCUUGUCUGUACAGACAGUGGGUGAAGUUGUCAUGGAUCAAAGAGCAAAUGAAUUUGAGUGCAGCAAUGUGUACUUUAUCAGGGGGACUAAAGGAUGUGAUGACAAUUCUGGAAGGAAGGUGAUUACCUUCAUUUGCUGCUGCAUGUCCCCAUCCUACCAGCUCAGUCACACAAGGCUGCUUGAGAACUUAAAGUAUGCUCUGGAUCUGUAUGUAGAAAAUAAUUAUAUGGUUGUCUACUUUCCCUAUGUCCUGAAGAGUCUGAAUAAAAUGUCUCUGAAAUGGUUGCAGACAGUCCACCAGGAAUUUGACAGGAAGCCAUCUCUAAAAGACUUGCAUUCUGAUGUCCAUCCAACCAACUUCAUAAAGAUUUUGUGGAGUAUCUUGAAACCUCUUAUAAGCCGUAAGUUUGGGAAGAAGAUCACCUACUUGAACUAUUUAGGUGACCUGGGACAACAUCUCAAACAUAUCUCAAGAAGUCAAAUUUAAUAAAUGUUGCCUCACUUUUUUCUCAGACAUGAUGAAAAUCUUUAUAGGAAACAGAAGGGAAGACUUCCACCUAUGGUUAAGGCUCUUCCACCAUGGCCACUUCUGCCUACCCAGCAAUUUGGAGUCAGCCUGCAAUAUAUGAAGGACAAAAAUAAAGGCAAAAUAAUCCUCUUAAUCAAGGAAACAGUAUCCUAUCUAAAAAAAAAAGGACUACAAGUAGAGGGCCUCUUCAGGAGGUCAGCCAGCAUCCAGACUAUCAAAGAUGUGCAGAAACUCUACAAUCAGGGCAAGUCUCUGAAUUUUGAUGAUUAUCAUGAUAUCCAUACUCUUGCUGUUACCUUCUUCCUCAGGGAACUCCCUCAGCCAUUGCUAACAUUUGACUGCUAUGAUCAUAUCCUUGAAAUCACCAGGUGA